GCGUGGGCGGCUCCCGUGCGCUGAUUGGCCGGCGGGCACGUCCCCUGCGGCGCGCGCUGACCUUGCCCGCGGAGCCGCAGCCAUGGUGGCGUACUGGCGACAGGCCGGGCUCAGCUACAUCCGCUACUCGCAGAUCUGCGCGCAGGCCGUGCGGGCCGCCAUGAAGCCGCAGUACAAAGCGGAGGCGGAGAGGGCAGCGGUGGCCACGGUGAAAACGGUGAAGCCCAAAAAGGAGUGAAAUGAGCUGAUCUGUGGGGAAUAACAGCAAACUGCAAAGGCGAGCUGCAGGCUGCAGUAGGCGAGCUCAAGACUGCAGUGUAAUGUCACCACAUGAGCUGUAGAACUUGCCUGUGUAUGUAAAUUGACAUGCUAAUAAAUGUAAUUUCUGAAUGUG